AUGCCAAACAAAAGAAAACGAGAUAAUGAAGGCCCCGAAAUUGAACAACCUACAACAGUCAACAAAGACGAUGAAGUAAAGCAAAAUACCCUGCAUUCCAGAAUUUCUGCCAAGGUCAUCAUGUUCAGCCCGACAAUUUUAGUCGUUGUGGGCAAAAGUAAAGAAGGCUUUACACUUCACAAAGACCUAUUGUCGCUUCAUUCUUCAUGGUUCGAAGAAUACUUCAGCGCUAUGGACAAUGCGCAGAAUUUAAUACUCACUACCGUUGAAGCCGCUCCUUUUGAAACAUUUGUUUACUGGCUUUACAGCGGCGAAAAACCUAUUAAACUCGGCUUGUACGACAAGGGUUCGAGUUCUGUAACGGAAUCUUUGAUAUGUGCAAACAUUCUUCGUUCUCCAGCAUACAGCAACAUCAUCAUGAAUGCUUUGAUUGAAAGCAUGCCCAGAGCAGCUAUGACCGGUACAGUGCGGUUCAUCCUAUGGCUUUCGCAUGUUUACAACAAGACUGGUUCAACUUCAGUCCUAUCAAAGUUUAUGUACAACUACGUCAGCCAUAACAACCCCUUCACACAAUGUACUCCGGGAAGUGAACCUUUUGUACUUUGGGAAGGUUUUCUGAAAGCUUACCCUCAAUUUGCCUUCGACUUGGCUGUCGCGGCUGGGAAGAAGUGGAAAGGUGCUACUGGUCCAUGCGAUAUUGAAGUUAGGUCCGAAUUUAUGGAGGAGGAAUUUGACUUAAAUAAGCGUUGGGAAGAGCUGAUACUACAGAAGCAAACAAAGGCUGAGAUCGAGGUUGCUGCAAAAGCCAAUCGCCUUCGCAGUGUGGUUCAAUUGCGUCAUCUGAACAGAGACAAGGCAAAGGAUUGA